CAAAAUUCUUCCGAAAUGUGAGAAAUAAAAGUCCUCAGCUACAAGAACGACAAGGUCUUACGACCCAUCAGACCGAGCCAAGUCCGCAACAACUACAGGGGACCAGACAACAAAUGACACCAUGGAGGCCAGCGAGGAAAAGGACCUGAGCCAGUUUGUUACCACCAUGCUUGGACUGCAGAGACACUUACUGGAGACCCUAACUGCCCAAGGCCAGCAGCAGUCCGCUGCCUUCUCCAGCCUCCUGACGGAGCUGUCUGCCAAGAUCGAUGGGGCCUUGGUCUCCACUAGACUCUUUCUGCCCAGCCUGACAGACGAGGACGAUACUGUCACGUACUUGUCGCUUUUCGAACGCGCCGCCCUGACCGCCCACCUGCCCAAAAGGCAGUGGGCGUCCGCCCUGGCCUCGCAGCUGACUGGUGAGGCUGAGGUGGCGUUCCGUGCUGUGCAAACAGGGGGCGAUGUUGAGUACCAGGUUCUAAAAGCAGCAGUGCUGGACCGGGGCCCUCUGGCGGAGGAGAGCUCCCGGACCAGGUUCCGCUCGCUGAGCUGCAGUACAGGCCUAGGUCCACGCGCUCUGGCCCGGGAGCUAGAAAAGGCAGCCAGCGGCUGGUUGAAACCGCACAAGAGGUCAGGGGCCGAGAUCCUGCAGUGUGUGGUGGUGGAGCAGUUCACUGCCAUGCUGCCGGACCACACCGCCGAAUGGGUCAGAGCGGGCAGGCCCGCCGACCUGGACGAAGCUGUGAAGCUUGCAGAGAGUCACAUCUCCCUGACCGGUGUAACCAUGGACUUCGGCUCCCAGAGCGAGAGUCCAGUGGAGGGAAGUGAAGUCUCCUUAGGCAGGAGGACCUGUUCUGCAGGGCCCAACGGUGUCACCUCAGAGAUGGGACAGACCCCUUCACAGAGGUGCAGUCCAAACAUUUCAAAGCGCAAAGAUGUCACAGUGAUGGCUUCAGAAAGGGCUAAAAGCAGACAUCAGAUCGAGAGAAGUGGCCUCACUAAAGCACAGACAUCGAACUCAUUGAAGUACAACCAAGCAGACUCCGGAUUUAACAUGGAAUCACAUCCGGAUGAUCCUGUAUGUAAAACAGAAAGAACUGUGGAGAUGAAGACUGAAGAGUUAGACUCCUGCGACCCUCCAAUGCAUGCUUCCUCUCCUGCUACAGCGGAUGACCAGCAGGAAGGCACACUGUUCACCACAGCACGCUCCUGCCAUGGCCAAUCCCCUUCGUCCUCUCUGGGGGAAGAGGAGCCACAGGGCGGGCUGGGCAGUAGAGAUGCAGGGCUGGAGAUGGUAGAAACGGGAGAUGGUGUGCUCCUGUGGCCCAAGACUGAGCCCAGCUGCAAUACCACUCCCGACCACAUGUGGCAGCAGCCGCAGGACUCCUCAGGUGGGCGGCGCUACAUAUGUGGAGAAUGCGGGCGCACCUUCAGCCGCUCCACCAACCUGCGCCGGCACCAGCGCAUCCACAGCGGCGAAAAGCCCUACAUCUGCCAGGUCUGCGGCCACACCUUCCGCACUAGCACCGCCCUCAAGAGGCACCGCAGCGUGCACAUGGGCGCCAAGCUCUACAAGUGCCCCGACUGCAGCAAGAGCUUCACCUACGCCGAGCGCAUGGUGCACCACCGCACCGCCCACGCCGCCCUGCGGCCCCACCACUGCCCCGUCUGCCGGAAGAGCUUCCGCCUCAAGAAGCAGCUGAGGAAGCAUGAGAGGACCCACCAGGAGAAUGGGGCAGAAUCACCAGGUGCGGUUUAUUCAGCUUUGUCUGGCCCGGAGGUCCAGAGACAGGCAAGCUGGCCCGUUCCAGACCAUCCAGUGCAGGAAGCCGGAACCAACGGGGACCUUGGCGAGGAAGUCGCCGCAGGCCCUGGCAGCGCUGGUUUCCUGUCGACACCUGCUCGCGCGCCGGGGAUGUGCUGGCAGCACGGCAAACUCGAGUCUCUGCCCGCCGGCCGCUGCCACCUCGUGCCCAGACUCGCUGCAAUUGGCAGCACUGCCCUCUAG